AUGGCUUCCCAAUUGCUCCCACUAGAACUCAUCGACAAGUGUGUCGGUUCCCGUAUCUGGGUCAUCAUGAAGGGCGACAAGGUGGCACAUUACUCGGCUUCGACGACUUCUGACUACACCGGCACUUCAACCAAGAUGUCCAAGAUCCUGCUAAACGGAAACAACAUUUGCAUGCUCAUUCCUGGCGGCAUGCCUGAGUAA